AUGUCAAAGAAGAAGGAGCUGUUAUCGAAAGCGCUGUGGAGAGGCGACGAUGAUGACUCUGAUAAGUUCAGCGGUGCAAAGCUUAAGGUCACAAAGGACGCUGACGGCAUGUCGAAGAUGCACGUCCGUGGCCGUGGAACCAAUAAAGGUAGUCUCGCCAAUGACGAAGAUUCUCUCGAGAUCGAUCCUCAGCUUCGCUACAGCUUCAAUCGAAACUAUCAGGUGUCCACAACGUAUUGCGAGGUAAAGGUUCCUUAUGAGGAAGAGGAAGACGAUGGUGGAGAUGAUGAUAAAGAGAAGCAUAGGCGUUUAACAGAACUCAUUGAAGCAUGA